AUGAGGUGGACAGUCCACAUAGAAGGUGGACCCAGGAGAGUUAAUCAUGCGGCUGUGUGUAUUGAAGAUAAAAUAUACUCUUUUGGCGGAUAUUGUUCUACAGAAGACUAUAAAGAUUGGGAGCCCAUUCCAGUCCAUGUAUUAGACACAUCAACAUUAAGAUGGGCUCCUGUUAAUUAUAAUAAAGAUGAAGUUGUACCAUUUCAACGGUAUGGGCACACUGCAGUUGCAUAUGGACAUAAGGUUUACAUGUGGGGAGGUCGAAAUAAUGCUGUUGCAUGUGACACUCUAUCAUGUUUCGAUACAAAGAAACUGGAGUGGAGUACACCUCAAGUGGGAGGCAUGGUCCCAUAUGCAAAGGACGGCCAUUCAGCCUGCAUUAUUAAAAACAAAAUGUAUAUAUUUGGGGGAUUUGAAUAUCUAACAGAUCAAUAUUCACAAGACGUGCAUUGCUUAGAUUUAGAUACUAUGGUGUGGAGAUUCAUUAACACCCACGGCUCUCCGCCCUGUUAUAGAGAUUUUCACACUGCUGUUGCAUAUGAAAACAAAAUGUAUGUGUUUGGUGGCAGAGGUGAUUUAAACAGCCCUUAUAAUUCCGAAGAAGAAAUUUACUGUCCGCAUGUUUAUUGUUUAGAUAUAGAAAAAGAAACUUGGUGUAACAUGAACGCCAAAGGCACUUGUCCUGAAGCCAGAAGAAGCCAUUCUUCAUGGAUAUAUAAAGAUUUUAUGUACAUUUUUGGCGGUUUAAAUGCCAAAACAAAGACUCAUUUUAAUGAUCUGUAUAGAUACUCAAUAAAAGAUAAUUAUUGGGAAUACCUGAAUGUUCAUGGCACUAGACCAUGCAAGCGGAGACGUCAGGCUUGUCUAAUAUAUAAAGAUAAAGUUUAUCUUUUUGGUGGUACAAGCCCUUGCACACACAAUAAUAAUAGGCCAAUAGAUGAAAACGAUGAUAAUCCUGAAAGAUUAGUGGAUAACAGUGACCUCCAUGUACUGGAUUAUGCACCAACACUGAAAACACUUAGCAUACUUUGUGUGUUAGAAUAUAAUCUGGACUAUUACUCACUACCACGACAUAUAAUAAUGGAUAUAAAAACGAUGACAACACCAAAUCGAAUCAGCAGGCCAAUAAACCAUGCCGGUUAA